UGCUCUGUCCUUCAGCCAGUAAUCCUGUUAGCAGAACCCAGUGAAUUAUAAUCCUCCCAUAUCGCUCAGAUCCCUGCAGCCUUCACAGCUUCACAGCCUCUGGGAUGCAGGACCCUCGCUGAAGCCCUCAGGAUGUUGAGCUGGGUGGCGAAAGUGGUUCCUCAGCCUCCCGAGCUUCCGGCCAAGAAAGUCGAAGAGGACAAUGACAAAGCAGCUGAGCCGCCUCCUGCUCCUGCUCCUGUUGCCGCUCCUGCUCCCACUCCUGUUCCUACCCCUGCUCCCUCACCGGCGCCACCUCCUGCUCCAGCACCUGAGAAGAAGGUAACAUUUCAAGAUGAAAUCAAAAAUGAAGCUGCCAAAGCAGACAAGAAAAAAGAGGACGGCCAAGUACCAGCGGAGAACGGUCCUCAGUGCAAUGCACAGCCAGGGAUGCUGACAUGGAUCUCGCAGGGCAUCAACAGUGCUCUCCCUCAGCCCACAGGCCCUGGCAAGGCCAGCCCUGAUGCCCAGGAAGAAAAAGCAGUUAGCAGUCAACCAGGGCAAGAACUUGCCGCAGGAAUGAUUGGUUGGAUUGUCCAGGGACUGGAGAAGGUUGUUCCACAGCCUGACAUGAAGAUCAAGGAGACACCCCCGCCUCCAGAGGAGGUAACAGAGGUCCAUACAACACCCCCACAGCCAAUGGUGCAAGAAAUGGCAGCCGUACCAGAUGCAGAGCCGCUUCCUCACAUUCCUGUGGUGGAAGUUCAGUCAGACCAUGAGGAAGCCACCAACAAGCCAUUCCCACCCAGUAUGUUGCAAUGGAUAAAGCAAAGCAUUGAGAAGGUGGUUCCCCAGCCAGAGAUCCAUGUUCAUGUCAAGCAAGACAGUACAACCAAGAUUGAACCACCGAGUGAACCACCGAGUGAGCCACCGAGUGAGCCACCUAGUAAAGCUGAAACACCAGCAGCUACUCCAGCACCAAAAGCAGAAGUGAAAGCAGUGAGUGAUGCAGAGCAGCCGGCCAAUGUGGUGAACUGGAUCGUACAGGGUAUUGGUCGCAUUUUGCCUCAGCCCGCACAAAAGACGGACAGCAGUACUGAGGUGCAAAGCAUCAGCAUCAAACAGGAGCCAGACAUGGUGCUGGAGGACGUGGAGGCAGACCAGGACAAGGGGAAGAAGGAGGAAGCCAAGCCAUCGAACCAGCAGGAAAGAGCGGGCAGCAUCCCGAGCGAGUCUGCUUUGGCUCAGGAGGAAAGACUGCAGCAGGAGCGUUUAGAAGCUGCCCGGGUGGCAGAGGACAUGGCCAGGAAGGCAGCAGAGGCAGCAGUCAGACAGCUGGAGGUGGAGCAGUCUGCCAAGAUAGUCAUAGAGACAAUGCCAGAGAAUGAACAACUGCCUAAUAUCCUGGAGGAGGAAAACGAGGACGACCCAGAGUUGCAGAAUCUGCGGGAGGAGAGUGACGACAGCACAGAGAAUAGGACUGUAACAGAUGGAAAUAAGAAUUGCGCUGCUGAGGAAGGAAAAAUACCUCAGGCAAACCUUAAAAGGUCCCUGUUGGAUGCUGAGGAGCCAGCUGAGCCGCAUUCAACCGAGGCUGAGCCAGCAUCAGAGAGGAGAGACCUGGAGCCUGAGCCAGGAGAUCCAGAGACCACUGCUACAGACCAGGAGGCGGCAGCAGAAGAAGAGAGGGGUACUGGUAAGGAUGGUGUCAGUGUAGCCCCUGCAGUGACAGUGGAGGACACUGAUGAUUGGGCGGACAUGGGCAUCCCCCCGGCUAAUGAAGGCCAGGAACAUCAGCCCACUGCUCUCUCUGUCUCGCCACUGUUAAAGCCCAGUGGGGGCCAAAAACACUUGACUGCAGAUGACGAGUUGCGCCCUCUGUCAGCAGCCAGUUUCACCAGCGUGGUGGUCCAGGAGCGGCUCACUGAUCUGGUUGUGCAGUUUAAAGGCCGGACAGAGCUGCGGAGAGAGAGGCUGAUGGACCCAGACGAAUCUGAAGAGGAAAGUGCAUCCCCGACCAAAGCUCCUCCCCCUCCUCCUCCACCACCCCCAGAGGAGGAGAAGAAAGAUGCUCCAGCUGAAGGAGAGGAAGAAGAGAAGGAGCCGGAACCCUUUAUCAUAUUUGGAUACCCUAUCCUAAUUCCCAAACUUCCCAAACUUCCCCCAAUGCCUGGUUGGCUUCGUGCCAUUGUGGAUUACCGUUUCCCCUCCAGCAUUGACCCAUACACAGAUCUGCUCUAUGUUAUAUGGCUGUUUUUUGUGGUGAUGGCGUGGAACUGGAACGUGUGGCUGAUCCCUGUGCGCUGGGCCUUCCCCUACCAGACUCCAGAAAAUAUUCACAUCUGGCUGUUAAUAGAUUAUACCUGCGACUUCAUCUACAUCACAGACAUUCUCUUAUUUCAGCCCAGACUGCAGUUUGUCCGUGGAGGAGACAUUGUGUGUGAUAAAAAGGAUAUGAGAGAACAUUACAUGACAACUGAGAGAUUCAAGAUGGAUGUCAUCAGUCUGUUUCCCAUGGAGGUAUUGUACUAUUUCACUGGAGUGAACUCCCUGCUGCGAUUCCCCCGCCUAUUGAAGUACAUGGUUUUCUUCGAGUUCAACGAUCGUGUGGAAGCUGUGAUGAAAAAAGCCUACAUCUACAGGGUCAUCCGAACCUCUCUCUACUUGUUGUACUCUCUGCACAUCAAUGCCUGUCUGUUCUACUGGGGGUCUGCCUAUGAAGGACUUGGUUCCACGAAGUGGGUCUACAACGGAAAAGGCUUUGCUUACAUCCGCUGCUACUACUUUGCUGUGAAGACCUUGAUCACCAUCGGAGGGCUGCCAGACCCCACCACCGUCUUUGAGAUCUGCUUCCAGCUCAUCAACUAUUUUGUUGGUGUCUUCGCCUUUUCUAUCAUGAUCGGGCAGAUGAGAGACGUGGUCGGGGCUGCAACAGCAGGUGAAAACUACUAUCGGGCCUGUAUGGACAGUACCAUCAAGUAUAUGACUUCCUAUAACAUCCCCCGAGAAGUCCAGAACCGCAUCAAGACCUGGUAUGACUACACAUGGAAGAGCCAAGGCAUGCUGGAUGAACAGGAAUUGCUAGUCCAGCUGCCCGCGAAGAUGAGGCUGGACAUUGCUGUUGAUGUCAACUAUGCCAUUGUCAGUAAAGUAGCCCUGUUUCAGGGCUGUGACAGACAGAUGGUGUUUGACAUGCUGACAAGGCUCAAAUCUGUGGUCUACCUACCUGGAGACUUUGUCUGCAAAAAGGGGGAGAUCGGCAGAGAGAUGUACAUCAUUAAGCAGGGGGAAGUGCAGGUGGUGGGGGGUCCUGAUCUGCAGAUUGUGUUUGUGACCAUCAGGGCCGGCUCUGUGUUUGGAGAAAUCAGUUUGCUGGCAGGAGGCGGAGGGAACCGACGUACAGCCAACGUGAAGGCGCAUGGUUUCGCCAACCUCUUCAUCCUGGAUAAGAAGGACCUUGCGGAGAUCCUGGUGCACUACCCGGAGUCACAGAAACUCCUCCGCAAAAAGGCCAAGGUGAUGUUGACAAAGGAUAAGAAGCCAGAUGAGAAAGAAGCAAAAGAGGCGGUGCAGAUCAUCCCGCCCAGACCGGACACCCCCAAAAUGUUCAAGGCAGCGCUGGGGGUCACUGAGCAGGCAGGCAUUGAGGGAACAUUUGCCAUGCUGAAGAAGACCUACAAACCACAGAUUGUAGAUGAGUUCUCCACGAUCCCGCCUCCCUCUCCGGUGCACCACCGCUCCCCAGUCCCUCGCACCACGGUCCGGGAUGACGACGACGCCGUGUCCGAGACUGCCGACAGCUCUGUGGUCAUCCGAAUGAAGCCGGGCCACUCAGGAGAGGAGGUGCUCACCGUAGAGGUCGCACCUGGGGAAGACAAGAAACCGAAGACGCAAUAGACAGAGACAGAGAAAGUGGAGGCGGAGAAGACAGAGAAGAAAUAUGAUCAAUGAGGAAAAAGGGAAGAAAUGCAAAUUGAAACUGGGUGGGUUGUGAAGUAAUGCCACCAGUCUUACAGGAAUUAUCCACCUCGGGAUCAUCUAACACUUUAACAUCUCAUCAGUGAUGUUCAAUACAUUCCUGGAGUUAUUUUAUGCUGAAGUGUUGUCAUUUCCUUUUUUUUUUAUGCCCGCGCUUUCUGUUAACUUGUCUCAUCUAUUUCUACUUUAGUGAUUUCCUACUUUUCUCAGAAUGCCUUUCAACAACCCCCAAAUAAGGGGCAUGAACUUGUUGCAUUCAGCUGUGUAUUUCAGCCUACGUGUAGCUGGAGAGAGAAUAAUAAUAGCCCCCUAAGAGAAAAAUUGAGAGAGCGCGAGAGUCACCCAUUACUCAAAAUGUAACAUGUCUUGUGACUGCAUAGCAUUCUAGUGUACUGAGGCUGUCAGUGGAGAGGAUGGUGUCUGUGUCUCUUGUACGAUGGAUUUCUUCCUGCUUGACUGCUGAACUCCAGUGCAAAACAGCAGCUCUAGAAAGAAGCCCUUGCUCUUCGAUUGCGAGGACUGACACCAAAACCUUUUGCCGCUGAUGUUUUUAGAUGUGAACAAAAGAAAUAAAACUCCAUUGUUGCUGCUGAAAACGUC